CGCUUUGAGCAGCUCGAAUCGCGGUGUCGCAAGCGAGAAAAGUAAGUACGGGUGAGGCCGUGGCGUCGAAGCAACGAACGGGCAGGAGCAGAGACAGGAAUGCGGUGGCGGUGUUUGUACAUACAUAGGUUGAGAGGUACGAGACAUACGUUGUAUACUACAGAGACGUUCGUUCCUCUUCCUAGUUCGACGAGAUAUCUCUGCUACAUAGCAUACUGGGUAAAGUUCUUCAUCGGAGCUGGUUUCCCUCAAGACGUCGCAACCAAACAUGCAGUCGUAUUUUCGAACAAUCGUAUCCAUCCGGACAUGUUGCCGGAUCUUGAUAAGCCGAGUCUGAAAGAAAUGGGGAUAACUUUGAUGGGAGAUAUGAUAGCGAUCUUGCGAUAUGCCAAAAAAGUCGUCGAGGAGACCACAUGUGAAAAGUUUCUGGUAGAUUCUGAAGGUUCGAUAGUGUCAAAGGUUACAGCUAAGCCUGUGUUAAAAAAGCCAGCCAUUAAAAUGGUGACCAGAAGUGCCACACCUGGUAAAGUCAAAACAGAACCAGAAAAUGCUACAAAAAUAGUGAAAAACACAGGGAAUAUAGCAACGACCUCCUCACUUGUGGCUAAAAAGAAACCUGUAGCUGCUAAAAUUGUAUCACGUAUUAUUGAAAAGCCAAAACCCCAAGUAUCUCUUAAAAGAAAAUUAGAUUCGUGUUCCGACGAUUAUGAAAGCGAAGCUAGCGACGAAGACUGGGAUAAUAAUAGUCCAAAAAAAAUAGCACCUGAAGAUGAGGUUGGAUAUAAAGUAAUAAUGCCUAAAGGUACAACACUGAGAAGUCGUAAGAUAUUGAAAAAAGUUUUGGAACAGAAAAGGACAGUGUUUGAUCGCCUUGGCGAUAGUUCUGUUACCAGUACGACAAACCUGGCAGAAACGGCAACACCUACCUUUAAUGUUACAGGAUUAGGAAAAGAGGUGUUCAAAAGAAAUUCGAGUGUAUUUAACAGAUUGGGAGACAAAGACGGUAAAAAAGAACAACUACCUUACGUUGGAAUUCUGAAGAAUGGUAAAAACAGCACAGCAACCCCUGGCAUCUUGAAAAAUUCUCCAACAAGACUGGGAAAUACAAUUCUGACAACAACGAAGGUGGUCAAGAUGGCCUCAAAACCUACUGGUGGCACCAUGCGAGCUGACCAAGAAAAAAAACAAAAAAUUGUUCUCGGGAAAGCAAAGCAGUUGGUAAGAGUCAAUAAGAAAAUUACCAUCAACAACCCCUCACCUACUACUACCAAAGUCAUAAGGAAGAUCGCUACUUCAAGCAAACUAGCCUCGCAGCAAGCAUCCGCAUUGCCCGCAAAGGCCCGCCUCGGUGUGACAAACUUGUCGCCAGUAAAGCAAGUAACGUUUAACAAGACUGCAACUGUAAAAAGACUCGUGAAGCCAGGGGUCUUCAGCAGACUUGGAGUCUGAGGGAAAAUGUACUAAUGACUUACUAUUUCUUUCAUUGUUGAUUAGCUUUUUUCGUUUCCCAUUUAUGGAGUGUAUAUACUUAAAUACUUGACUUGUAUAAGUAUCGAUCAUAAUAUAAUAUAAUAUAAGGAUAAAAUUAUAGUCAGAAUUCA